AGAAUUUUUGUUUAUUUUGAGUGGUUUAGUGCCUUUUUGUGACUUGUUUUUGUAUUUGUGUGUUGUCCUUGUGUGUGUUUCUGUGUGUGAACGUUUUUUUAGCCAAUUUAAGUAAGUCUUUACUAAUAUGGACCGCAAUAAACCGCCUGACCCUGAUCCGCCUGACAUCUCUCUUGCGCCGCCAUCCCCUAACUAUCCACUUUCCCAAUUCGCAGAUGUUGUUUGCAGCAUCGCGGAUUCCCAAAUCCCGUCCCAUUCCGAUUCCCAAUCCUCAUCUCACCAGAACGGUAGGAAACGUUCUGGAGACAAUAACAAUGCGCCGAAUCACAUUCCGUCUAAGCAGCAGAGAAACCAAAUAGGUCGCAAUAGAUACUCUGCCACCGAUAAAGCUCCGUUCAUCGUACAUGUCUCACGCUUGGAGUCCCAGCCUAAUUCAGGUACCACAUUACACCCUGUAACUUUUGGCAUGUUCUUGGUGAACAACAGAAUUGGUAACAUAGUUCGUGACGGCGUCAAGAAAGUAGGUAGGAACAGGGUUUCUGUUGAAUUUUCAUCCCCUCAGGAUGCUAAUUCAUUUCUUAUAAAUGGAAUUUUAUCGAAAAAUAGUUAUGUUGCCAUAAUUCCCACAUUUAACAUAACCCGUAUGGGUGUGGUGACUGGUGUGCCUACCGACCUCACAGAAGAAGAAGCAAUGAAUUACCUCACUGUGCCCUCUGGAUGUGGACAAAUUCUUAAGGUUCGUCGAAUUAGUAGGAAAAUCUUUAGAGAUGGUGUAACUGAAUUUAAGCCUACCGAAACUUGUGUCAUUACUUUUGAUGGCCAAGUCCUACCUACUAGGAUAUACUGCUGUUAUACUUCUCUUCCAGUUUCCCAAUAUGUCUACCCUACCAUCCAGUGCCGCAAGUGCUGCAGGUUCGGUCACGUGGAGUCUAUAUGUCGCUCGAAACCACGCUGCAGUAAAUGUGGCCACGAUCACCCUGGUGAUGGUUGCAACAUUUCUGAGGGCGAGGCCUUCUGUGUGCUAUGCUCUGGUAAUCACUAUGCGAAUAGCAAGUCAUGCCCGGAGCUUGGUAGACAGAAAGCUAUAAAGAAUAUCAUGGCUGAGAAAUCACUUUCAUAUGCUGAGGUCAGCAAAACAAUCCCACCUGUUUCUCGCAAUUAUGCAAAUGCUGCAAAAUCAUCAGUUAGCAGUUCUCAGUCAUACCGCAAAACAGUUUUCUUAAAUCUAAUGGCUGCGCCCUAA